AUGAGAGUCCAAGGGAGUGUAAUGCCUCAGAUGAUUUUACCGCUACUGCUUGUUGGGGGCUGGGCCACUCUGAUUACCUGCAUUUCUCAUUUCAAACAUAACCUUGGUAUCAACAAUAUCCUUCUUACUGUCCUAGGUUUCGUGGUCGGGUUGUCAUUGUCUUUUCGUGGCUCAACUGCGUACGAAAGAUGGGCGGAUGGACGCAAGUACUGGGCAGGGCUCAUUCAAACCUCGCGUAACUUGGCCCGCAUCAUCUGGGUGCACAUUGACGAACGGGAAGGAGAGGAGAAUAGCAAGGUGGACAUUCUGAGAAAGAUAUCAGCGAUGAACCUCAUUCUCGCCUUCGCCGUCUCAUUGAAACACAAGCUCCGCUUUGAACCAGAUGUCGCCUAUGAGGAUUUGGCCGGUCUCAUCAGCCAUUUAGAUACAUUUGCGCUAGACGCACACGAUAAUAGCGUUGUAUCGCCGCACUCCAAAACGCCCUGGAAAUCCAUGGGAGAGUAUCUGGGGUUCUCAUUCGCCAAGUCUAACCCUCGCAAAUUGGUCAAGAGAUCCAAAAAACCCCUGGGACAUCUCCCGUUUGAGAUCCUCGUACAUUUAUCUGCCUACGUUGAGAGUUGCGUCAAGAAUGGCACACUCUCAUUGCCCUUAUACCAGGGUCAAGUCAUGACCCUGCUGUCCUCGCUAAACGAAAUCUUGACCGGAACGGAGCGAGUCCUGGAUACGCCUCUACCCGCAGCUUACAGUAUCGCCAUAUCACAAAUUUCUUGGGUUUACGUGAUGCUCCUCCCCUUCCAGUUGUACAAUUUCUUGCAUUGGACUACAAUUCCCGCAUCUCUAGUGGCCGCAUACAUCAUCAUCGGCCUACUCUUCAUCGGUAGUGAGAUUGAAAAUCCCUUCGGCGAAGACGUCAAUGACCUACCACUCACAGCAUACUGUCACCAAAUUGCCAAAGAGCUUGAUAUCAUCACUGCCACCCCACCUCCAAACGUGGAAGACUUUAUGGGUCGCCCGGAAAAUCUUGUUCUAUUUCCCCUCAGUCAGGAUGGGUAUCCUACGUGGAAGGAUAGGAGUAAGGCAGAUAUCCGUGCUGCCCUACGUGCGAAAUUCGUUACCAAUCCAGGUGCUGUGGAUGGAUCGAAUGCCUCUACCACGGGAAUGAGUUUCUCGACGCGGAAAACAAUGGAGUCCGUGUGA